AUGCCGCAUUCGCACCACUCGCACUCGGGCCAGUUCUGCCUGCACGCCAAGUCGAGCCUCUCGGACGUCGUCGAGCGCGCACGGGCGCUUGGGUUCACCCACUUCCACCUCAGCGAACAUGUCCCGCGCCAGUCGACCGACCAGCUCUACCCAGAGGAAAUCGAGGCCAAGGUGACGCCUGACACUCUGAGGGCCACCUUUGAGUCGUACUUGAUCGAAGCGAGGCGGUUGGCGGCCACCCUCGACGGCCAGAUGCAGGUGCUGGUCGGCUGCGAGACCGAAAACGUCACCAGCCCGGAUACGUUGGACUACCUCGUCGACGUCCUCCAGCAUACCGAGGGCGGCUCGACGUCGACGCCGGCGACACCACCGGGUGCGAUAGGCAAGGGAAGGGUCGAUUUCCUUGUCGGAUCCGUCCACCAUACACACGGUGUCCCAAUCGACUUUGACCCGGAAACGUUUGAAAGGGCGCUCUGCUGCUCCCGGACCGGCCCCGCUGAGCCAGCACAGCAACGACAGCCGACCGGAUCGGAAGCGGACGAGACGGAAGCGCAUGAAGCGCUGAUGCUCUCCUACCUCGACACGCAGCUCGAGACGAUGCAGCGGCUGAGGCCCGAGGUGAUCGGCCACUUUGACCUCUUCCGCCUCUACCGGCCAGGCGCAUCGGUGCGCUCCAAGGAGGUGUGGGCCAAGAUCGAGAGAAACGUCCGGUAUGCCGUCGGGUACGGCGCGCUGUUUGAAUGCAACGCCGCUGCGUUCCGCAAGGGGUGGCAGACGGCCUAUCCGGGCAAGGAGAUCCUCGAGCUGAUCCUCUCUCUCGAUGGAAGGCUCUGCCUGUCGGACGAUUCGCACGGCGUACAGGCCGUCGCACUCAACUACCACCGCCUGCGUCGCUACCUCGUCGAUGCGGGCGUCGACCAGAUCUGGUACCUCGAAAAGGCCACGGCAGAGGACCACCAGCUGCCCGAUUCCAGCCCGCCUACGCGGUUCGAGAGGGGCACGGUGGCGCGAAAGAUGGGCAGCGAGUGGAGCCGACAUCCCUUCUGGCAGACAUACGACGAGAUCCGGCUCCGCGAGGAAAAGGACGCGGCGGCAGCGGCGACACCAGCAGCGGCAACGACAGCGACAGCGUCAGGGUGA